UCCAGUAAUGAGUAACAUCACGUUUCCCUCCCCAGGCAGUCACAGUGUGUGCUCUUUCUGCUGACACUAGACGGCAUCAAGACCAAACCAAGGAAGACACUCAGUGAAACACAACGGUUUGCAAUGGUGCUAUAUCCGCUGGGCCUCUGGGUCUGUGCCGUCAUGCUGCAUGCCCUUGGGAGAGCAGAGAAAGUAACUCAAACGACUGAGCCAAGUUUCUCUGGGAGCACAGAAGGGUUGAAUACUGGGACAGUUACUAUAGGGCCGGACGAGACCCAAAGCCCUGAUACACACAGACACCAGAGCCUAGAACCAGACCAGAACCAAGAACGGCCUCCCUUGGACCUCUGUAAGGAUGAUGAGCUAUUUAACGGAGAGAUGCACCAGAAAAUGUACCAGAGGGAUCCUCAUGGUGUUAUGCAGCUGGUUAAGAGCGAGGACUACGAAGAGACUGACAUUGUCACCAGCAUUGACCCCUUCAAACUAUCAUACAGUGGACUGGCCUGCUGUCUUAUCUACCCAACCAAUCAACUCAACUGCUCCUGGAAAUUCCAUGGUCUCCCUAAUGACAGCCAAUACUCUUCCUAUGUCUCUGCGUGUAGGAAAACUGAGAGGAUCUCCAGUGUGGACUGUGUCUCUGAGGUGAUGGGAGGCCAGGGAGCCCAGGGAUGGACUGGUAACGCUGGCGGUGUGGUUCGGGACGUGUCUGCUGGCUGCCAAGGCAGUGUGGAUGACAGCGUCACCUCUUUGAUCCUGACUUUCAACGUGUCACUCCCUGACGUGUGGUGCAUCUACAUCCUUAAAAACGACACCAGAGAUAUUGAAGUACUGCGCCCACCCCCCAACAUCACUGCCUGGGUCAGAGAGGAGGGUCUGCUGGUGCAGUGGGAUCUCCCGUCCAGCCGGUCUAAGACCACCACCACCAGCUGCUUCCACUACCAGCUACAGAUCAAUGACCUGCUGAGGAGCUUUAAGGCGGGACUGACAUACACUGAGACCAACCUGGACCGCACACAAUCAUACGAUGUGAAGAUGAGGGUGAGGAAGAGUCUUAACUGCAGAGGAUCUCAACACUGGAGCAGCUGGAGCAACACCAUCACGGUGGCCCUGUCUGAAUCACCCAAUCAGCUGAACUCUCUGGUGGUCGUUGGUGUCACUCUGGGGAUACCCAUGAUCCUCCUUGCUCUGCUGCUGCUGAUCCGACUCCAGAGUGUGUGUUUUCAGGGAACGUCUGUUUCCCCCCAUCCCUGGUCCCCCACUGAAGAUGAAACACCUCUUGGAGAGAGACGACCUAUUUCAGUUUGUCCCUCAGGCCCUGCCGUCCAAAUGUGUUGAGGAGAUCACAGUGGUGGAGGAAGCUGAGGAAACACCUGUCAAUAUGGCCAGUUAGACAAGAUGGCCGGUUUAAAGUAGUCUCGUAAAUACCAGACAAGCUCGCGGGAUCAGGCAGCUUUGCAAGGCUAUGUUUAAAGCCCUAUCAUCCUUAACCGCUAGGCUCGUGGGCCGAUCUGUGAGAAGGAUCCCCUUAGCCUAUCAGAGGUCAAGAUGCAGUCAUUACCAUUUGUUAAUACCUAUCCAAUCCUUUCAGAUCUACAAGAAGUAGGACGAGGAGAGAGUGUGCUUGUAGGGCCAGCAGUUUCCUUGGUCUGGUCUGUUGGAUUCUAGCUUGAACACUUAUUCAUGUUACCAUAUUAUAAUUUAUUGAUUACUUUACAUGUAUAAUGAAUGUAUAUGUUGGGGUCAAUGGAGGGUGGAUAAGAACUAGGUGUAUGGAAAGUUAAUCAGUGGAUCCUAUGGUGUGAGGCAAAGGGAAACAGUCUAGUUUCAGUCACUGAUAAGGAAGGACAGCCGUGGAUUAGGGAGGAGUGAGGAAUUCGGCCCGAGGUCAGGUCAGAUGAAGUUAGGAGGAACAGUCCUGUCACACACAUAUACUUGCAUGCCCACAAAGGUUCUAGUAGGAGGCGGGGCCAUGACUACACCAGUGAGAGGAACCAAUUAAGUUCCUAACUAGCAACAGAGAUGUGUUGGCUGUCUAGAUGUGCAAGGAGGUGACUCCUAGUAGGAGGGUAUAAAUAUAAGUGCUUGUGGAAACAUGUUUUAGUCUUUGCAGCUGUUUGACCCAGUGGGGGAAUACACUUGGUUUGAGCUUUUCCUAGUCAUCUGUUUGAGUUUCUACUCUAUUUGUUUAGGUUAAUAGUCCGGAAGAAUUAUUGACCUUGAUGGUGUACUCCAAACCAUACUUCCUUCAGAUUUAAAUAUAGUCAAAAGUACUGUCAGACUGAUUUGUAAUACUGUCAUAGCCCAAAUGAAAAAAGUAAACAUUGGCCGUUGAUUACAUCACUUUUUUGUGACAUGGUGGGGUCUCCAUUAUUUUUCUCAUAAUAUCUUAAAGGGGUCACGGUCCAAAAAAGUUUGGGAACCCCUGGUGUAACUGAAAGCUACUCCAAAGUAGAAGCUAAGCAUAUGACAUUGACAUGCAUUGUCCUUAUGUGCUUAGCUUCUACUGUGGAGUAGCGUCAUCCACAAGAGGCUCUGCGGCCCUCUAGCUGUCUGCUCCCCCAAUGGCUGUAGUAAUAAGCACAUGGCAAAUUAUUUGGACGUUACCAAAAAGUUGGACUUGCAGCCAGCUCUAGGAUGAGUCUUAGUGGUUCCAAACUUCUUUCAUUUAAGAAUAAUGGAGGCCACUGUGUUU